AUGUCUAUGACCUCCAUCUCCAACUUCAGUGAUUCCAACUUUGUUCUCACUGGUUUUCCUGGCCUAGAAGUUGACUACCUCUGGAUCUUCAUCCCUUUCUUCUCCAUCUAUGCCAUGGUUUUCCUGGGAAACUGUAUGGUGCUUCAUGUGAUCCGGACUGAACCAAGCCUACAUGAGCCCAUGUUCUACUUCUUGGCCAUGCUAGCUCUCACUGACCUGUGCAUGGGAUUGUCCACAGUGAACACAGUGCUGGGAACACUGUCAGGUCUCAUUCCAGAGGUCAGCUUGGAUUUCUGCAUUGCACAGUGCUACUUUAUUCAUGGUCUAUCCUGCAUGGAGUCUUCCGUCCUUCUUGCUAUGGCCUUUGAUCGCUACAUUGCCAUUUGCAACCCAUUGCGCUACUCCUCCAUCCUAACUAAUGACAAAAUCAUGAAAAUUGGAAUAGUUAUUUUAGGUAGAAGUUCUUUACUCACACCUCCAGUCAUCAUUCGACUAAAGUUCUUAAAUUAUUGCCAUCCCCAUGUUCUUUCUCACUCUUUCUGCUUACACCAAGACUUACUUAGAAUUGCCUGUUCAGAUAUCCGUUUCAAUAGUAUCUAUGCUCUGUUUCUGGUCAUCAGCAACCUGUUGUUAGAUGCAGUUCUCAUCCUUAUCUCCUACAUCAUGAUUUUGCAUAUGGUUUUGGCCAUUGCAUCCAGAGAAGAGAGGAUCAAGUCCUUGCAGACUUGUGUAUCUCACAUCUGUGCAGUUUUGGUUUUCUACAUCCCAAUUAUUGGUCUGACCAUGGUGCAUCGUUUUGGAAAACAUCUCUCACCAUUGGUUCAUGUUCUUAUGGGAAACAUCUAUAUACUUUUCCCACCCUUCAUGAAUCCUAUUAUUUACAGUAUCAAGACUCAACAGAUACGACGAAGAAUUCAGAGAUUGUUUUACUUGAAAGGUACUUAA